UAUCCUUGGUGACUUACCAGCUAAACGAGAUACAUGUCUGAUUCCGUUUUAUCGGCGAUAAAUUAAAAGCCCUAUAUAACAACUUCAGCAGUAGUGUAGUGAGUAAACCAAUACCCAAAACCCACACUCUGUGUUCUGUAUAAACAAACCAAUAAUUAUCACAACACAAGUGAUUAACUCAGUGAGUAGAUUCAGAAAUGAGAAUGAGGGUGCUCCUUCUGAUAGUAUUUACCUUUGUUUCUGUGGUUAUCAAUGUUAGAUCUGAGUAUGAGUUUUUGGACCAAAACGAUGCCGUUUCAAUGGCUGCAAGGCCUCUCAUGGUCCCUCUCACUCUUAUUCCGGGAGCUGAUUCCAAAGGAGCUGUUUGUUUAGAUGGAACGUUGCCUGGUUACCACUUUCAUCCUGGAUUUGGAUCUGGGGCAAAUAGUUGGCUCAUUCAAUUGGAGGGUGGAGGAUGGUGUAAUACCAUCAGAAGUUGUGUCUUCAGAAAAACUACUCGUCGUGGUUCCUCAAAAUUCAUGGAAAAGCAACUAGCAUUCACAGGGAUAUUGAGCAACAAAGCUGAAGAAAACCCUGAUUUCUUUAACUGGAACAGAGUUAAAGUACGGUACUGUGAUGGGGCAUCUUUCAGUGGAGAUAGUCAAGACGAGGCUGCACAGCUUCAAUUCCGAGGACAAAAAAUCUGGGAAGCUGCAAUGGAGGAAUUGUUGUCAAAGGGGAUGAAGAAGGCCAACCAGGCUCUUUUGUCUGGAUGCUCUGCUGGUGGUCUAGCAUCUAUAAUACACUGUGAUGAGUUCCGGACCUUAUUUCCUCCAUCUACCAAAGUGAAAUGUUUGAGUGAUGCAGGGUUUUUCCUGGAUGCGGUUGAUGUUGCUGGGGUUCGCACAAUGAGGAAUCUCUUUGGAGGUGUAGUUAAGUUACAGGAAGUGCAAAAAAAUCUUCCAAAAAGUUGUCUCAGUGAAUUGGACCCAACUUCGUGCUUUUUUCCUCAAAAUUUGAUCAACCAUGUUCAGACUCCAUUGUUUCUUCUCAAUGCAGCUUAUGAUUCAUGGCAGGUCCAAGAAAGUUUGGUCUCUCGUUCAGCAGAUCCCCAUGGCUCUUGGAAUGAUUGUAAACAUGAUCGUGCACUCUGUAACUCAUCUCAAAUUCACAUUUUCCAAGACUUCAGAAAUCAAAUGCUAAACUACAUCAAAGGCUUCUCAGGGGAACCUCGUACUGGGUUAUUCAUCAAUUCUUGUUUUGCUCAUUGCCACUCUGAAUUACAAGAUACUUGGUUUGCUGAUGACUCUCCAGCUAUCGGCAAGACGCCAGUUGCAAUUUCUGUUGGACAAUGGUAUUUUGAUCGGAAAACUGUCAAAGCUAUAGACUGUCCUUACCCCUGUGACAAAACCUGCCAUAAUUCGGUUUUCAAGUGAGUGUAAGUUUAUUGAUUUUUCAUGUGGCAAUUUUAUAUUUUAUCAAUGUAAUCAUUGUAAUUGCCAUGUGUAUGUAACAUUGAUCAAUUGUAAUGAAAAUAAAUAUAGUUCUUCAUUGAGGUUGCAA